AUGACCAGAGCCUUCUUCAUCAAGACUGCCGCAUUGGUGGCGGCAGUAGUCGCUUCCGCGAACGCUGAAUUGAAGACUGUGAAGCUCAAGCACCCAAGCGGCUCCAGUGCUGAGGUGUUCCUCUUCGGUGCCCACGUCAAGUCGUUUCGCGCCGCUAUCGCCCCCAAGCUCGACAUUCUGUUCAUGUCGAAUGACUCAGUGCUGGACGGCAUCGAGCCUAUUCGCGGUGGCAUUCCUCUUAUCUUUCCCAAUUUUGGCAGCCUAAAGGGCUUUCCUAGCCACGGGUUUGCCCGCACCACGCACUGGACUCUGGUGAGCCAAAAUGAUGCGAAGGACAAGAAGAGCCCCAGUGUGGCCACGUUUUCGAUGGCGUCGAGCAACUCGACCCGUACCAUCUGGCCCGUAGACUUUGAGCUCACGUACGAGGUCAAGCUGUAUGCCGAUCAGCUCAGGACGGCUCUGCAUGUGCUUAACACGUUCGGCAAGCCGAUUGAUUUCCACGCGCUGCUGCACAACUACCUGUGGGUGGACGACGCGCGCAACAAGGGCGUGCAGGUGAAGGGGCUCAAGGGCGUCGAGUACUUUGACAAGGUGAGCAAGACGAACAAGACUGAGACUCGUGAGCUCAUUGACUUUUCGGCUCAGACGGACAAUGUGUACCGCAACGCCCCGGACCUCGUGUCUGCAAUCAUCAAGGGCGUCAACGCCAUCGACCGUACGGUGACGGUCAGAAAGGGAGGCUCUAUCAGUGGCGGGGCCGGUGCGAAGGUGGAAACCGGCGGGAAAUCGGGCAUUCCGCGCGACUCGAAGAGCUCGAAACGAGUCAGCACGAAGACAGACCUCGUUUUGUGGAACCCGUGGGCCGAGCGUGCCGUGGCCAUGAAGGACUUUGGGGACGAAGAGUACAAGAACAUGGUGGCCAUUGAGCCGGGACGUGUGAGCGAGAAGCAAGUCCUGCCUAAUGGCCAGACGUACACGUUGCAGCAGACUAUCUCUGUCCGCGCAAAGUAA